AUGUGGAACGUGUGCGGAGUCGUGAUUUUGGUGCUGUUUAAUGAGAAAUAUUGUCGCGGUCAAGAUGUACUGCAAGAAACAACAACGCUAGGCGAAUCUAUUGAAGAAACGUUUGACUCCGCAAAUGUCAUUGAUGGCUCUACAGCUUUUACAGAUAAUCCAGACAAUUGGAACAGUUUUGGUGAAUUUAUCGAUUCGUCUUCCACUACGGAAUUCACAGGUUAUUUCGAUUUCGAUGAAUUUCAAGAAUCAACAACUAAUAUAGCGCACUUUGAAGAUACAACUAAAGCAGUAGUUGAAGAACCAAAUUUCAGUGAAUUAAUCCCAAAAAUUAUUGAAGAGUUAAAACAGCCCUACUUCGAAGGGAUACCAGGAGUGGACAUUCCGGACCCUGAUCCAAUCCCAGAUAUGUCACAAUCACUUACGAUUUUUGAUAAAUUGUAUUUCACCAAUUCUGCUGUACGAGGAUUGAGCAAACUUAGGAUUUUGUAUAUUAAUAUUGACGUCGAAGCGUCAGAGGUUCAGGCCGCUAUGCACAUCGAUACACUCCACACAUCAGGCAACUAUAGGUACAGUUCAUUCAUGACAUCUCGGAAUGGUCCCUAUAGCGUUAUUAUCCGAAACCUUCUAGUCACAGCUCGAGCGAAUAUUGGUGUACAAAUAGACGGUAAACUGAGAGCGCAAGACAUCACCAUGGAGCUUAGUCACGAAAGCAUUGACGUCAAAUUUGAAAAUUUAGACCCUUUAAUUGCAGGAAUUGUCAAUAACGCUGGGAACUUUAUAUUUGAUACAGUAAAACCUUACAUGCUGAAAGAUGCUUAUACGAAAGCCAGAACAGCUAUUGACACUGAGUUAGAAAAGACAGCUGAGGAUUUGCAAUUUCCCAAUAGCUUACCACCUUUAGACAUGAUACUUAUAGAUGUAGGUAAAAAAGUUAGAGAGUUAGGUUUUGACCCUUAUAGAUUAAAAGAUUAUGUAAGUAAUGAUACCGUGCCAUUUUUUUCUGUUGCUCUAUAUAAUACGUGGAUAACAGGUGUAUCUACUUUUCAUAGAGUUGGAAAUAUUACUGUGAAGGUUGCUAAUGGUACUGCAGUUCUAGACUUCGAAGUUGGAACUAAAACAAUAGAAGGCAGUACUCAUUGGAAUGUCACGGUGUGCAAAAUUAUUUCUAAUAUUGGGAAAAUUAAUUUUUCUAUUGAGCAUUUUAGUGUUAGGGUAGUUAUAAGUCAACCUUUAGAUAUAAGACUGACGCCCAAAUUAAUAGACUUGCAAAUUGAUGUUGGUAAUUUACAAAUGCGUUCGGAUGGAGCUGGUACAGCUGAUUACAUUUUAGAAUUAGCAGUGAACAUCAUACCUAAUUUAAUAAGGUAUCACAUAGUGGAUGCCUUACAGUGGCCUUUGAGAAAUAAAAUACAGGAGAAACUGGAUAAACUUAAUGUAGAAGAAACAAUAAAGCAAGAAUUGCUGCCAAAAAUUCAUGAAAUUGAGAAAACAGGAUUCAAAUUGUCAUUCUUGAGAUCUGUUAGAGUCGAUUCAUAUGAUGAUGAUGAAUUUUUCAAUUUCUAAAUGUAAUGUAUUUAAUAAACAAUUUCAUACAUUUGUCCUAAAGGAUAAUAGGAACAGAACAAAGAAACUUUGUA